AUGCCGAUGCUCCUCGACAUCACCAGGAAGCUCCUCGCUAGGUCCGACAGGGUCAAGUCGGUGGACUUCCACCCGACUGAGCCGCAUGUCAUCUGUGGUCUCUACAAUGGUCAGGUCAAGAUCUGGAACUAUGAGACGCAGACCGACCUCAAGACGUUUGAGGUGACCGACGUUCCCGUGCGCUGCGUCAAGUACAUUGCGCGCAAGAACUGGUUUGUGUCGGGUUCCGACGACUUCCAGCUGCGCGUGUACAACCUCUCGACUGGCGAGAAGAUUACUUCGUUCGAGGCGCACCCCGACUACAUCCGUUGUUUGACUGUCCACCCCACGCUGAGCUUGGUGCUUACCGGCUCGGACGACAUGACGAUCAAGUGCUGGGACUGGGACAAGGGAUGGCGCUGUGUCCAGAUCUUUGAGGGCCACACGCACUACAUCAUGGCUCUCGCGUUCAACCCCAAGGACCCCCAGACCUUUGCCUCGGCGUGUCUUGAUCACACUGUCAAGGUCUGGUCGCUCGGCAGCCCUGUGCCCAACUUCUCGCUCGAGGCCCACGAGAAGGGUGUCAACUAUGUCGACUACUACCACGGCGGUGACAGGCCGUACAUUGUCACCACUGGUGACGACCGUCUUGUCAAGAUCUGGGACUACCACGCCAAGUCGUGCGUCCAGACCCUCGAGGGCCACUCGGCCAACGUCUCGUUUGCCAUCUUCCACCCUUCCCUCCCCAUUAUUCUCUCCGGCUCUGAGGACGGCACUGUCAAGAUCUGGCACUCGUCCACUUACCGCCUUGAGAACACCCUCAACUAUGGCCUCGAGCGCGCAUGGUGUGUCGCGUACCGCAAGAGCGGCAACGAGGUUGCUCUUGGUUUCGACGAGGGUGCCGUCGUCGUCAAGCUUGGCCGCGACGAGCCCGCCGUUUCGAUGGACACCUCGGGCAAGAUCAUCUACGCGCGCAACACUGAGAUCUUGACGGCCAACAUUUCGAACAUUGGCACCGACGGCCAGGACGUCGAGGACGGCCAGCGUCUCGGCGUUGCCCUCCGCGACCUUGGCACCACCGAGGUCUACCCCCAGAGCCUGCAGCACUCGCCCAACGGCCGUUUUGUGACUGUCUGUGGUGACGGCGAGUACAUCAUCUACACUGCUCUUGCUUGGCGCAACAAGGCGUUUGGCGGCGGUACCUCGUUUGCUUGGGCCUCGGACUCGAACACGUACGCCGUCCUCGAGGGCAAGUCCAAGGUUCGCGUCUCGCGCAACUUCAAGGAGCGCCCUGGUCUCGUCAAGUCGCAGGGCGGCUGGGCUAUCGAAGGUCUCCACGGUGGACCCCUCCUUUCCGCUCGCGGCUCGGGCUUUGUCAUGUUCUGGGACUGGGAGACUGGAGCGGUCGUCCGCCGUAUCGAGGCCGACGCUACCAACGUCUCGUGGUCGGGUUCCGGCGACCUCGUUGCCAUCACCACCGAGGAUUCGUUCUACAUUCUCCGCUUUGACCGUGAUGCCUACGCCGCCCGCCUCGAGUCUGGCGAGAUUCUUGGUGACGAGGGUGUCGAGGAGGCGUUUGACAUUGUUGCCGAGGUCUCGGAGCAGGUCAAGACCUGCCGCUGGGUUGGUGACUGCUUCAUCUACACCAACUCGGCCAACCGCCUCAACUACCUCAUUGGCGACCAGGCCAGCGUCAUCAACCACUUUGACCAGGGCAUCUACCUUCUCGGUUACCUCCCGGCCCACAACCGCGUCUACGUCGCCGACAAGGACAUGAACAUUUACUCGUACGCCCUGUCGCUCAUGGUCGUCGAGUACCAGACUGCCAUUCUCCGCGGUGACCUGGCCGAGGCUGAGCGCAUCCUGCCAACCAUCCCCGCCGACCAGCGUAACCGCAUCGCCCGCUUCCUCGAGGUUCAGGACCUCAAGGAGCUCGCCCUCCAGGUCUCGACCGACCCCGACCACAAGUUUGAGCUUGCCGUCUCUAUCAACGACCUCGAAGUCGCCCUUGACCUCGUCCGUGCCGCUCCCGAGGCCGGUUCCGAGGCCAAGUGGAAGAUUAUUGGCGACAAGGCUCUUGCCGCAUGGCAGCUCGACCUCGCCCAGGAGGCGUUUGAAAAGUCCAAGGACCUGCCCGCGCUCCUCCUUCUCUUCACCUCGCUCUCGGACCGUGCCGGUCUCGAGCGUCUCGCCACCCUCGCCAAGGAGAAGGGCCAGAACAACAUUGCGUUUGCCGCCUACCUCCAGCUCGGCGACAGCGCUGCUUGUGUCGACCUCUUGGCGGCCACCGAGCGUCUCCCCGAGGCUGCGCUGAUGGCCCGUUCGUACAACCCCGCUUCCGCCCCGGGUGUGGUCAAGAAGUGGCGUGCCGACCUGGAGAGCCAGGGCAAGCCAAAGGUCGCCGCGACCAUUGCCGACCCCGAGGAGGACCGGGAACUGUUUGACGAGCUCGCCACACCUUCCAAGUUUGACUCGGAGGGCUCGGGUGUGGUCGUCGACCACCAGGAGGACGACGACGAUGCCGAGCCCACCGAAUCCGCCGAGCCCGUGGACGGUCUUGCAGACCAGGUUGCCGAGCUCGCUGUCGAGGAGAAGUUGGUCGACGAGGAGGCAGAGGCAAAGGAAGAUGACGGCGAGGAGGCAGAGGGUGCGGCCGACGCACAAGCAACCACGCCGACCGGAAACGGCAUUAAGAAGUAG